AUGACUGAUCACGGCGAUCUAUCCAAUCCCCGAUGUGGGCCUCAAGGGCGCUUGAAAUCCGAGCGGCUGUGGUGUGAGUUGGCAGUAACAUUAAACUCCAUUGGUGGUGGAGUAAAUAAAUCGGCAGACAAAUGGAAAAAGGUAUGGGCCGACUGGAAGUCGAAAACAGAAAAAAAAGCAUCACUAAUAAGGCGUCAUGCAAGUGGUACUGGUGGUGGGCCGAGUAUUCGCCAAACCCUCACAGCUUUUGAGGAGAGGGUGUUGGCCAUCAUGGGGAAUUUGACUGUGGAUGGUCUGCCAAGCAUUCAGGAACAAGGCUUUGGACUAUCACAAGUCAUCUCCUCGCCAACUCUGGCCCUGAGUCCACCACCAGCCACGCACCAACAAGACACAGUUGAUUGUGAAAUCACAACAGCCAAUCUCUGUGGCAAUAUCACCACCUGCGCCCACUACUCCUACACCAUCUUGCAGCUGGCAGCCACCGCACACCCUCACACAGGAGACCUCAACAUCGCAAUCCAUGAGGAGUUCAAGAGUGCAACCUGCACCUUCUACCCCUCCGCCGACCUGCAGGCGACGAUUCCCACCAACCCCGAGCUCUGGGAUAACUGCUUCCCCCACACAAACGUCUCUAAGGGCUCGCCGGAGGCGUACACUCACACCAUUCGACAGAGCGACGAGUGA